CCAUGAUAUUUUUCAAAUGGGGAAAAAAAGUUUUGGUUCCGUUAGCAUACACAAAAUUAAAUUCGAAUCGUGUGGCAAAAAACCUCAGGACUCGUCUAAUAUGAUUGCUUACAAGCCCGUAGUUCUACUCCAUGGAAUAAUGACUGGAGCUGAAAGUAUGGAGCUCAUAAAAACGCGAAUAGAGGAGAAACACCCUGGCACAAUUGUUUACAAUAUUGAAAGGUUCGGAGGAUGGUCUAGUCUAGAUAACAUGUGGUAUCAAGCUAAUCAGAUUGGGCAAAAUUUAUUGAAUAUCACAGAAAAACAUCCUGAAGGCGUUCACUUACUAGGUUACUCUCAGGGGGCUCUUUUAGCAAGAACCAUUCUUCAGGCGAACCCAGAUCACAAAGUACUUAGGUUUAUAUCACUCAGCGGUCCACAAGCUGGACAAUAUGGAACACAAUUUCUUCAUUUAUUUUUCCCUGGCUUAGCGUUGGAAACAGCUUUUGAAUUAUUUUAUUCCAGAAUUGGACAGCAUACUUCAGUAGGUAAUUAUUGGAAUGACCCAUAUCAUAGGCAAUUAUACAUAAGCUAUUCCCAGUAUUUGCCAUUUGUGAAUAAUGAAAUAAAGUCGAAUCGAAGUGAAGAAUUCAAGCAAGCUCUCACUAAGUUGAAACUGAUGGUACUUAUUGGUGGACCUGAUGAUGGCGUAAUUACGCCAUGGCAAUCUAGUCAGUUUGGAUACUAUAAUGAAAAUGGAACAGUGGUUAACUUGGUAGAUCGAACCAUAUACACGGAAGAUACCAUCGGACUGAAAACUCUACAAAACAAGAAGAAAUUGAAAAUAGUUACAGUACCUGGUGUCAACCAUUUUAUGUGGCAUAUUAAUGUUUCUAUUUGUGAUAACUAUAUUUUACCAUAUUUGGAUUGAUUUAUAUAGUUGAAAGCCUAGUUGAACAAAAAAACAAUGGUGUCAAGUGUUGACUAUUCAUUGUGGCAUAUCAAUGUUUCUGUUUGUGAUAAUAUAUUUUAGAUAUAUGGAAUGACAUAUAAAGGAUAUUCACGUCAAGAAGAGAAUGCCCUCAUUUUUGGUAAUUUUGUAUAUCCAACAUAACUUUAAAAUUCCCAAUGAAAUGCGUUAAAUAGCAAUGAAACUAGUAAAAUUUCAGACGUUGCCGAAUCGAAAAAACUCGAAAACUGUCAGUCUUUCUUUUCUUUUCAGAACUAAUCAUUUCUUUUGAUGCGACUUGCGUAUAUUCAAUAUGCCUAAAGCAUUGUCGAAACAGUCUCAACAAAGUUGUAUUUCAACUAAGUAAAUUAAUAGUAAGGUUAAUAGCAAUAAAACAAAUCAACAGUACAAAAAAAUUUGAAAGUUCCAAAUAGUGCACAUGUAGGCAACGCCGUAACUUGUCAUUUUGUGACGUCAUUCUCUUAACGUGUAUAUCCUAUAAAUAAAUUUUUGUGUGUUUGGAUCUGUCAAAUUCAUUGUGUUCAUAUUCAUUUCAGUUUCAACUGAAACACACUUGUGUAAUGUUUUUUUUUCGUUGUUCAACCAGCGCGGCGUUGGUAGCGUAACCAGAAUUAGUUGUACCAAAGAAAGUCCAAAUACAAUGUUGAUAAUUUUAA